UCGGGAGCCGAGCGGACCUGGAGCUACAGCCUCGCCGCAGGCGGGCGGGACAGGGCGUGAGCCGACUUCCGUCUGCCCGCGCGGCGCCCACCCAGCUACCCUGCUCUAUUAUGGUUGACCAGCGCGCCCUGGUGCUCGCACCUUAACGCAGAGCUCUGCGUCCUCGCGAGGCCCCCGUCCCGGCCGGCCUGCGAGCUGGAGCCGCUGCAGGGCUGGGGCUGGCUCCGGAGCCCUAGGCCCACCGCCGUCCCCUGCCUUCUCUCCUGUCUGCCGGCCGCCCUGCCGCCGCCGCUGCCCUCGCCGCGGAGGGACGGGGAGCCGGCAUGGCGGGCAGCCCCCCGGCCGCCUGGCCCCAGAACCAGUGUUGUUUCAGGGCCUCCUGACUUUUGAGGACGUGGCUGUGCACUUCACCCAGGAAGAAGGGGCGCGUCUGGACGCUGGGCAGAGGACCCUGUAUAGAGACGUGAUGCUGGAGACUUACAGGAACCUGGUCUCUCUAGAGGUUCCAGGAUCCAAACCAGAUCUGAUCUCCCAACUGGAGCAAGGAAGGGAGCCCUGGGGCUCAGACCUGCUGGGGGCCCAGGAAGCAGAGACUGUGGGAGAUGCCGGCAUAGAUUCCACCCAGGGGUCUUUGUGUAAACAUGUGACUGCAAGGGUGAAAAUGACUCCAGCUGCAGAGCCUCCAGGAGGAGCAUCUGGAAGCCUCUCCGGGGGUGAGCCUCCAAAACCGGUCUGCAAAGAAGCCCCUGGGCAGGAGGGCAGGCUAGGGAGCCUGGAGAACUUCCUUAUCCAGGAGAGACCAUCACAUGGAACCUUCUGGACCAUCUCCAAAGGAGAAGGGGCCCAGAAAGGCGGUAAAUGGGGACCGGACCUUUUCUGUAGCCGCGAGACAAACGCUAAAGGGCAGACAGCCCACACAUGCGAAACGUGCACCAAGACCUUCCGAUACCUCUCGCGCCUGGUGAGACACCAGGCCACGCACAGUGGUGAGAAGCCGCACGCAUGCGGGGAGUGCGGCCGUGCGUUCAGCCAGCGCUCGCACCUGGCGCAGCACCGCAGCGCGCACGCCGGCCAGAAGCCGCACACCUGCGGGCAGUGCGGCCGCGCCUUCACGCGGCUCUCCACGCUGCACCGCCACCAGCGCGUCCACAGCGGGGAGAAGCCUUUCGGGUGCCAGUGGUGCGGAAAGCCCUUCAGUUAUAGCACUCUCCUCGCCCAGCACCAGCGGAUCCACACACGAGAGAGGCCGUUCCGGUGCUCAAAGUGCGGGAAGAGCUUCAUCUGGAAGUCCAGCUUUCGGACUCAUCAGAAAUCGCACCUGUGCAGCCAGGUGGCGUGGAUCUCUGUAAGCUAAGUAGCCGCUGGCAGGGGGAGCGUAGGGCUGGCUGCUGCUGCAAGGAGGGCCCCAGAAGGAUGUCCUCAGCACAUGGCCCAGCGCAGAGUGAGACCAGCAUGAGGGACUGGACUGUUUCUCCAUCGGAGACCAACGAGCGCAUUUCACGUCCUUCCCACAACGAGGGGUAGCCCAGGCCUGCCUGCCCCAGCCAGCAGGACCUGCUAGCCUGCUGGAUUCAGUGUAGCUGUGAGACAUCUGUGGACAAAUUGAUACUUUGAAAGUUACUAUUUUCACCUGCAUCCAGAUUUUAUUUCUGAAAUUUAAAAUGUAGGUCUUCGGUUUAUUUGCAUCAUAGGUGGGUUCUAAAUGCCUUUGAAAUCCAGAUGGGCUACCAAACUUUUGUAUAAUCAAUCUUCCAUCACACAGCAGCUCUGAGCAUCAGGAGAAGAUCACUGUAACUCUGGUCACCGUUUGGUCCUGGCUGGUUGUUUUCAGAUGCUAAUUAGUUAAGCAGGAUGUGAGUGUUCCAUCUUGGGCAGCUCAGCCCUUGCUGUUGGCCCUGUGGCUUUGCUUGCUCAGCUUCACCGUUCUGCAUGCCAACUCUGCUUGAGUCAGGCCAUAUGAAACAUUAAGAGUGUGCAUGUCAUUUGGACUGUUCUUUUUUCCAGCCAGUUCUUCCAUAGAGAAUAUAUUUGCAUAGUAUGGAUGUUUUCUAUACAAUAAUAACAUUAAAAAUUUAAAACACAUGGUGGAAAUAGAGAAAACAGAUAUAAAAGAAGCCAGUGGUCAUGAAACACAGGAUAUCUAUAGGAAGGUUAGUUGGCAAGCACUGCCCAAGCAUCAGGGGGUGGGCAGGGGGAGGCUGUGCCUUUGUGACCAACCACUGAACUCUUGGCAUACCUUUUGCUGCUUAGAGGCUAAGUGUCACAUGUCUAGUGAAACUAAACGUGCUCAGCCAUUUUCCUGCAGGCAGAUUAAAUAACUUAAUUACAGAAGCAAUACGUGAUCAUUUGAGGAAAUAUACAGAUAUAUAAACAUAAAGUAAAAUAUGGGACUUCCCUGACAGUCCAGUGGUUAAGACUCUAGGCUUCCAUUGUAGGGAGUAUGGGUUUGAUCCCUGGUCAGGGAACUAAGAUCCCACAUUAUGUGCAGUGCAGCUAAAAUAAAAUAGAGCAAAAUAUAACCGGAAGUUUUAUUUUGACUCAAAGGAACCUGAUAAACUGACAAUGAAAAGGUGGGAUUUGGGUGUUGCCCACAGUGUUUCACCCAGACUAUCUAGAUUCAAAGCUGUAGCAGAAGAAAACCUUCCUGAACUAAAGGAGUGCCUGCUCUUGACACUGAAAGACUUGAUUGUGAGCAAAAGAAAAAACAGAGAACAUGAAGUUUCAUGAAAUGACUGGAUCACAAACACCCAGGAAAAAGAUGUAGAUCACCAACAGGAAAAAAUAAGCUUGCCCCAGGCUUUAAUUAACAAAGACUGCAGCUCUUUCCAUAUUUAUUUCCUUAAUGUGUCACCAUAUUUUAUUUGUUUAUUUUGACUGUGCCUUGGGGAGUGUAGAAUCUUAGUUCCCUGAGCCCCCUAUGGUGGAAGUCCAGAGUCAACCACUGGGCUGUCAGGGAAGUCCUAGAGUCAAAUUUUAAAGCUUAUUUCCUUUCUUUUCCCUUUACCUCUUCAAAUUAAGUUCAUUAGAUGCAAAAAAUAUGAUGGAGUCUUGUCAGAGAUAAAGAAGACAUGGCUCAGAAACACUGGAUGAAACAGGACGCAAUUAAUGAAGAGACACUGGAUGAUGUUCCUUUGGGGUAGAGGAGGGAGCAGCUUCAGAGCUAUGUAAUAAUUACAUAUGGAUGGGCAGAAGCUUUGAAACUGCUUUUUGAGAAAAUGUACUGAUGUGGAUAUUGGGUCGUCAAGGCGUGGAUUGUCUUUAACAUAUCUUGUUUCAGCCCAUCCGGAAUCCAUCCUCCUUUCUUUUUGUAAAAGUACCUCUCCUUCCAUUUGCAGCACUUCCCAGGGUCCGUUGUAGGAAGUCACAGUGGUGCUAUCAGUCUGGGUGCCUUGUUUUUCUUUUUCUUGCCCAGUCACUCUGGCCAGAACUUCCAGUACAAUUUUGAGCAGAAGUGGCAAAAAUGAACAUUCUUGUUUAAUUUCUUACCUUAAGGGGAAAGCUUUUAUUCUUUCAUUCAUUGAGUAUGGUGUUGUUCAGUCGUUCAGUUGUGUCCAACUCUGUGACUCCAUGGACUGCAGCACAUCAGGCUUCCCUGUCCUUCACCAUCUUCCACAGCUUGCUCAAACUCAUGUCCAUCAAGUCAGUGAUGCCAUCCAACCAUCUCAUCCUCUGUCAUCCCCUUCUCCUCCUGCCUUCAAUCUUUCCCAGCAUCAGGGUCUUUUCCAAUGAGUCAGUUCUUCGCAUCAGGUGGCCAAAGUAUUGGAGUUUCAGCAUCAGUCUUUCCAGUGAAUAUUCAGGACUGAUUUCCUUUGGGAUGUUAAAGGAGUGUGAUGUUAGCUGUAGGUUUUUCAUAAAUGCCCUUGAUUAAGUUGAGGAAGUUCUCUUCUGUUCCUGGUUUGUUGAGUGUUCUUAUCAUGAAAGGGUGUUAGACAUGAUCAAAUGCUUUAUCUGCCUCAGCUGAGAACUUUUUUGUUCUUUGUUCUAUGAAUGUGGUGUACUUGAUACUUUUUUUUAAAAAUUGAACCAUCCCUUGCAUUGCAGAAAUAAAUCCCACUUAAUCAUG